GGAGCGGGGGCUGUUGACGGUGUGACACCAGGCUGCAGGACCGUCGCUGUGGAUUCGUCUUCUUCUCUCGAGUUUCAGGCGAAAGCUCAGAUUUCAAACUGCUCGUCCAUGAGUCGCAGCGGGGACAGAGAUGGGGACCGCACCGGGACGCGCUCCGUCGCGUACGUCUACAGUUCGCAGUACAUCGAGACGUGCGACACUUUGUCCAAAGUCCCGCACCGGGCGAGUAUGGUCCAUUCCCUGAUCGAAGCCUACGGGCUGCUGCGACACAUGAGUGUCGUGAAGCCUCGUGUUGCCACCAUAGAGGAAAUGGCCAAGUUCCACACAGACUCGUACCUGGAACAUCUUCAUAAGAUCAGCCAGGACGGAGACAACGAUGACCCCCAGUCAGUCGACUACGGCCUGGGUUACGACUGUCCAGUGGUAGAGGGGAUAUUUGACUACGCAGCGUCAAUAGGGGGCGCUACGCUCACCGCAGCUCAGUGUCUGCUGGACCAAAAGUGUGAGGUGGCCAUCAACUGGGCCGGGGGCUGGCACCACGCUAAGAAGGACGAGGCGUCGGGCUUCUGUUACGUGAACGACGCCGUGUUGGGAAUCCUCAAACUGAGGGAGAAGUAUGAGCGAGUCCUUUACGUUGAUGUUGACCUGCAUCACGGAGAUGGUGUGGAAGACGCCUUCAGCUUCACUUCCAAAGUCAUGACCGUCUCGCUGCACAAAUUCUCCCCUGGAUUCUUCCCAGGUACAGGGGACAUGUGUGACACGGGGCUGGGUAAAGGCCGCUGGUACGCCGUGAACGUCCCCCUGGAGGACGGCAUCAAGGACGACAGAUACUACCAGAUCUUUACCAGUGUGAUGCAGGAGGUGCGGGCGCAGUUCAACCCGGAGGCGGUGGUGAUGCAGCUGGGUGCUGACACGAUGGCCGGCGACCCCAUGUGCUCCUUCAACAUGACCCCGGUGGGGGUGGGCAAGUGCCUGCAGUACGUCCUGCAGUGGCAGCUCCCCACGCUGCUGCUGGGAGGAGGAGGUUAUAACCUGGCUAACACGGCUCGCUGUUGGACGUAUCUGACGGCAGCGGUUCUGGGAAAGACCCUUUCCUCCGAGAUACCAGACCACGAGUUUUUUACAAAAUACGGACCAGACUACUCGCUGGAGAUCAGCCCGAGCUGUCGACCGGACCGGAACGACACCAAACACCUGGACCAGGUCCUCGGCACCAUCAAAGGGAAUUUAAAGAAUGUGGUUUAGGAGCCGGCGGACUCGGCCUCCUCUACACACAAACACACACACACACACACACACACACAUUCAGACACACAAACACACACCGUGUUUCCAAACCAGGUCGACGCUCGGUGGCUUUAAUGAAGACAAUAUGGAGCGGACCCCUUCGGCCCCGAGGCGCGGAGCGAACCAGGGAGGGAUGGAGGCAGCGAGAGGAGGUUUUGGAAAACAUUAGCCGAGUGUUUCCAGAGGAUAACAGUUUAAUAAGGGGGUGAUGUGGUCGCUGUUUUUAAUCCUGUGUUUUUUUUUGUUUUGUGUUUUUGAGAAGCUACAGUUUGUGCGUUUCCUGUGAACGAGAGAGUUUUUACAGUUUCCAGUGAGGUUAUGUAAACGUUGAAUUACAGCCGGAGUCAGUGCGCCCGUUUGUUUCUCGGUGUCGGGGGGGGGAUGCGUUUGUGUGCGUCCGUCAGUUGCACGUUUUAACCUAAAUGGAAAAAACAGAUUUCUCAGGUGUCCGGUUUCACGUUCACCCCGGUGCUGCUGUGAUUUCAACCCCCCCGAGGACCCGUAAGCGCUAAAACAGACAUAAAACCAAACGGCCACCUUCCCCAAAAAACGCCCCCUGGGUUCCAGAGCCGGUCUGGAAAAGUCCUGAAAAGCAUCGGAGACGUCCGGAGACUCUUGGAAAGUUUACAAACAAACGGUCUGGAGAAGUUUUGGAAAACAGCCGGUUACAGAUUUGAAGUUUAUUUGCUCGGCCACAUUGUUCUGACCCCUGGGCAACAAUCUGCAAAUUAAACAUCUGGAUAGAGUUUGGAAUUUUAAAUGGAAGAAAUGUAGGGAAAGUUUAAAAGUUUUUUUUUUCCACAGACAGACAAUAACAGAGCUCAUAUGAACUUUAAGGAGGAUUUAGACAGAGAGAGGAGUCAGGAGCUGGUUUCACAUGUUGGUGAGGUUCAUUCAUUUCACAAAACAAACUUGAAAUGACUAAUAUUUCUUCUGUACCACGAAAUACACAAAAGUAAAGUGCACAAUAAAGUACACAACUGACCAUUGAAACUGUUUGACAGAGUGAAUCCUGACUCACACACACCGGCCUUUUUGAGGAGCUUUCAUCUGUCUGUGAUGUUUUCCCCAGUUUCCAACUCAGUAAGUGGAUCUUCAGUAAAUCCUGACGACUUAAGAAUCUGUUAUUUGUUACUGUUCAAUAUUCACAUCUCAAUAACUGUUUUCGUUUUUGUAUUUUUUUUUAUUGUUCUUGCACGUUUCUUUUUUUAAAUAAGUAUAAAGACUAACGGAAAAAAAAUCCCGUCUCUUGGAAACUUGGCAUCAAAGGAAAACUAAACAUUUAAAAAGUUAAAUUCCCCUCGUGUUUGAUUCUCUAUAUAUAUAUGUAUGUGACAAAACUCCAUCUGUCAUUCGACCAAUUUUUUACAAACCCGCUGCAGAUAAACGUUCAAUCUUCAAUAUUUUAGAAAAAAAGUGAAAGGUUGAAUCUCAUAACUUUGAUAUGUUUUAUGCGUUUGUUUUCUGUCCGAGUGGUUUGAUGUGCACACCACGGACACGUGUUGAAAUAAAGGACAGGACGGCA